AUGUCUUGGAUAAUAGCAAAUACGUCAAUGAACGAUUUCGAAGCCCUUGCCACUGGGACUAUAGCGUCAUCAGGAUUCAACGACUGGACCCCUUCCAAGCAACAUGAAGGAUUCGCAAAUGUGGUUCAUACUUUGAUCUUCUAUUUCACGGUGGUCCAACAAGACGAUAAUGUGACAAAAACUGCAUAUGAUCGGGGUUUUAUUCUCAUGCGCCUACCACCGCUGGUAGCAAUAAUCUCAGGUGAAACUGAAAUAACAAAAGGAGAUACGCAGACGAUCGUUCUUAAUGGAAGCGAAUCCUUUGAUCCCCAUGUUGGGCCAGGGCAUCAGGAAUUGCUUAUGUUUCAUUGGCUAUGUAGAAGAGCGGGUGAAGAAUUCCCAUCUGAGCACCCGCUUGAGAUUAAAGUCGUCUCCAGACCUUUGAACCCCCCUAAGCCAUCACGUGGAGGCUGUUUUGGAACAGGUGUCGGUAGAUUGGACUCCAACGAACCAUUGUUUGUGCUGAACGCCUCAGUAUUAGAAAGUUCAAAUGCAACCUACGUCUUCAAACUUAUCGUUACAAAAGACGUGAGAUCCGCAAGUGAUGAGAAGCUAGUUGAAGUCGUCAAGGGAAACCCUCCUGAAGUUUCAUUAAAUUUUGUUUUAAAUGACCGUUUAAAUGUCAUCUCAACUGCUCCGCUCACCAUAUCAGCCGAUUACAUGGGUUAUCAAUGCAACGAUGAUGUAGAGUAUCAAUGGAUUCUUUACCAGGAGGACAAAAACGCGGGAUGGUUGGAGGUCUUUAAUCAACCAGAGAGAACAAAAGUAUUUACAAUCGAUCCAAAGAUUCUUGAAGACAAUACAAAAUAUCGACUCGAACUGACUGUGAUACUUAGGAACGACACUCCUUCCAAAAGCGUACAGGUUUUCAAGACUGCGCUCCUUCCAAAAGAAGGAUCUUGCGUUGUAACACCCGACACUGGUGAAGCAGUGUAUACCCUAUUUGAACUGCUAUGCUUCGGAUGGUUUGCAAUUAACGAAACGUUCACAUACGAAAUUCAAAUCUCCGGGGAAGGCUCCAUAUACUAUAGCUAUUAUCACGGCCCUUCAGCCAAACAAAUGUUAGUUUUACCUCAAGGGAAUGCUUCUCAUGGAUAUUGGUCGAACGUCAAAGUCUUCGUAUUAAGAAGCAACGGGGCAACCACUGAGUUGGAUGUUCCUGUUAGGGUCACUCCGCCCAAAUCAAACGCCAGUAUGGAUCUCUUUGAGCUUCUGGUUAAAAACACAAGUGCCUUCGAGGAUUAUCUCCUCUCAAUGGAGUCACAUAAGGCCUGGCAGCUAAUGACGGCUAUGUUGUUGACAACGGAGGCACAGGAGUUGGUCGAUGGUAGUAAUUCAGAAAAAUCGCUUCAACAAAGAAUUGCUCAAAGAGACGUCGCCCUUAGAAGACUUCAGAUAAACGAAUUUAAAGAUCUACCUGGUUUGGUGUUCAUCUCGGCUUUCUUGGCUUCAGCGGGGAGGAAUUUGCCAGAGUUGUCCUAUCUCAGUAAGAGGUAUCUGCCACAGAUUUUUGGAAAUAUGAGUGAUACUAUACUCUACGAAGCUAAUAAUUUGAAAGCAAAGGAUGAGCGAUAUAUUUCUCAAGGAGUAUAUAACAUGUUGUUUGGAACAGUGGAACUACUUAUGAUUUCCGCAGAGGAAGCUAAAAUAACUGAGGACAGUGGCCUCUCGGUCGGUGAUGAGACGAACGAACAACUACUUCACUGUAAAUGUAACCAUCUAACUGCGUUCGCCGGUGGUUUCCUCAUUGCUCCAAAUCCAAUAGACUUCGACAAAGUUUUCGUAGAAUUUACCAAGCUCGGUGAAACAGGAAAUUAUGUGGUACUGUCAACUGUGUGUGGCAUUUUUGGCGUCUAUGUGUUGGUAAUUAUCUGGGCGAGAAAAGCGGAUAUGUUAGAUGAUAGAAAGUUGGGUCCAACUGUGAAUAUAAAACACAACGAGAACAGCUCAUACAAGUAUGAUGUGACCAUAAUAACCGGAGUUUGGAGACAAGCUGGCACAUCGGCAAGCGUAUUUGCUAAAAUCUACGGAACUGAGAGUUCUACUAAGGAGGUCAACUUGACUGGCAACGCUCCACCUGGUAGAAAACUUUUUGCAAGAGGCAGCAUUGAUAGUUUCGUCCUUCACCUUGACAGUCAGCUCGGAAGUGUAUUUAAAGUUGAAAUGUGGCAUGAUAACAGUGGAAAAAGUUCUUCUUGGUUCCUUGAUCAAGUUCAUAUUGUUGAAAGAAGUACAGGGGAAAAGUGGGAUUUCUUCUAUCAUAAUUGGCUGGCUCUUCACAAAGGGAAUGGAACCACUGCUGCGACUCUCAUGUCCCAUGAUAAUGGUCAGCACAGUCCUGGGUUUAAAAGUAUGUUUCACUCAAUGGCUUCAGCAGACCUGGCCGAUUACCACAUCUGGGCCUCCGUCGUUACCAGGCCACCACGGAAUUUCUUCACACGCGUUCAGCGUGCCUCUUGCUGCCUUUCUUUUCUGUAUUUGGCAAUGGUAUGUAACGCCAUGUUUUAUCUGGUAGUCGGCGGUUCCGAGAAUUUGAUCCAGAUAGGGCCAUUGCAAAUGUCCCUUCGGCAACUAAUUAUUGGAAUUGAGAGUACACUGAUAGUUACACCAGUGAGUAUUAUCAUAACUGCAUUAUUCCGCUUCAGAAAGGCAAAAACGAACGGAGAGUGUGAAGACGGCGAUUCAAACAAUAAUUCUCCUGAAAUGUCCUCAGCAAAAAAUAACAAGAAACGAUUCUUACUUCCCCAUGCCUUUGUUUAUCCUGCCUGGUUUCUCUGCAUUGCAACAGCAGCGACGGCUGCCACGUUUACAGUAUUUUACAGCCUUCAAUGGGGUAAAGAAAUUGCUGAUCAAUGGUUAGCUUCUGUCUUGGUAUCUUGUGUCGAAGAUAUUUUCAUCUGGCAACCUUCUAAAGUCCUAGUAUUAGCUUUGUUAUUGAUUCUAAUUUUUAAAAGACCUAAGCCACCCGAUGAAAUUGAAAAUUGCGAUGGAACAUCCUUUGCAGAGGAGAUACGAGAGCAACGUGCCUAUGAAUUACGGAAGGCAAAAUUUUUUAGAUUUGCGCGACAAUUUUUGGCUUUUUUGGUCUUUUAUCUCUUUUUGAUGAUUGUAGCUUAUGGAGACAAGGAUUAUCAUAGGUACCUGAUGACUAAAGCCACGCGUGACGGUUUCGCCUAUUUCUACAAGGUAAACACUGGUGACAAAAUGUGGGAUUACAUGCUGGGAAAGUUCAUCCAUGACUCUUAUGCCGGUGAGUGGUACAAUGGACAGUUUGAGCCGACGACAGAGUACAUUGGUAACAAAGCUUCCAUGCUCAUUGGAAUGCCUCGUCUUCGACAGUUGAGGAUAAAUGAAGAAUCAUGCACCGUUGUGAAAGAGCUUGAGGAUAUGAUUGAUAAAUGCUAUGACUUUUACUCGAUGUCAGAGGAGGAUACAACACGCCUUUAUCUUCCUCAUUGGAUUCACUUGUCAGACUCACAGCUUAGCUGGAACAAUCUAUCACAACUUUGUCCUAAGCCUUGGCGUUAUUCAACUGCAGAGGAGCUCAAUAACUUUCCAUCGUGGGCACAACAUCACAUAUAUGGCGGUGGAGGGUACGUUCUCGAUUUGGGAUACGAUAAACCGACUGCUAUCCGUAUGAUGGAGGCUGUUAAAGACAAAGACUGGAUUGAUAGAAGAACAAGGGCAAUUCUGCUUGAAUUUCAAGUCCUAAACCUGAACACUAACUUAAUGAGCAUUAUCACGUACCAUUACGAAGUUCUUCCUUUCGGAUUUGGGCUUACUUACGAAAGGAUUGACACCUUAAAAUUGUUUAAUUUUCAAACUAUGGCCUACAGCUUUUACCUAAUGUGCCAGUUGAUAUUUAUAUUUAUGGUGUUAGUGUAUAUCACGAUACUUCUUAUAAGACUAUGUCGUAAAGGAGGUGCAUUUUUCAAGCGAAUAUGGAACUGGAUAGAUGUUGGUCAAAUUGUGAGUGCCUCGCUUGCAGUUGUGUUUUACGUUAUGAAAGUUAAGUUUAUGCAUGACAGUAUCCAAGAAGUGCGAAGGAAUCCAUUUGUGACAGUAAGCUUUCAGUUCGCAAUUUUUUGGACUGAAAUGGAACAUGCUGCUCUUUCAUUUGCUUUAUUCUUUGCCACGUUCAAAAUUCUGCAUUUCAUUCGACUUAAUCCGCAGGUACAAAUACUAGCGUGGUCGUUAGCAAUUGCAAAAAAUGACAUUUUUUCAAUAAGUGUUCUCUUCGGAUUACUAUUUAUUGCACAUGGUCAUUUUGCCUACAUGGUUUUUGGUGGCUCAGUGUUUUCAUUUUCAUCGUUCAUCCGCUCGUUCGCUUCUGAAUUUGAAUUAGCACUUGGGAACACCUUUCACGUUGUCCAACUCGAUGAUGUCAAUAGAAUCUUUGGUAAUCUUUUCACUGCCAGUUUUAUGGUCACACUUGCAAUUCUUCUGAUCAACAUUUUUGUGUCUAUUCUUGAUAUAAAUUUACACGAUGUAAAGGACGACGAAGAGAAACUUGAGGAAGCAUAUAGUAUGGGAGAAUUUAUCAAAACACUUCUAUUUGGCCUAGAUCGCCAGAAAGAGGAAGAUACUAAGCUGUAAAAUCCCACUAGAAUUAAAAAAAGGACGCUUUUUUGAGGAGAAGGGAAGGAUAAAUUUUUCAAGAACAACAUGUAAACAAUUCUUCCCCAGGGGCAUCUUCUGUAAACAUCUUACUCGAAGAUCUUUAAUUUGACUUCUGUUAAAAAACACUAGGAUCCGUUUUUGCCGAGUAUGCUUGUGUAAAAAACUGAAAUAAAUGAUAGAAAGUUCCUUUGUGCGUGUACAAAGGAAUUUAUUUAGGCUUUUAUGCUGUAGAAAGCAGUGUUUUUUUAAAUGCUUUAUCAUUUCCCUUCUUUUAAAAUUAUCUCCCAACUAUUGGAGGACCAACGCUAACACUAUGUUUAGUGACUUUCGUGUCCUCUGUUACAUUAUCAAGAUGACCUGAAGACUUCAUGUACCAGUCGAUUUUGUCUUUUAUGGCCUAUGCGGUUCCGUCUAUUUCAACCUUAUGUUUACUAGCGUUGACAAUAAUUUUGAGACACAGUGUCAUUUUAACGUUAAUAUUUCACGAGAAAUCGCUUUUAAUUCUUAAUCAGCAACAUUGUAACA